GCCCCCGGUUGCCCAGUCUGGGCUCUGAGCGGCGGCUCUAGCGCCCCUCCUCCGGUGAGUGCGGAGCCUGGGAGGGAGAGGGAGCGAGUGAGGAGCCAAGAGCUAAGAGCCAAGAACGAAGCGGAGCAGAGCGGAGCGGGAGCGGGGGAUCAGAGCGCUGCUGCCUGGCUCUGGGCAGCGCAGCGCAUCUCAGCCCGGCGCAGCUCAGCGGAGCCGAGCGGACAGAGAGGAGCCUUAACCGGCCCAUGCGCCUCCUUCGGCUGCCCCAGGAGCGCAGUCCCGGCCCGGCCCGGCCAGGUCUCGUCCCGACCCCGGCCCCGGUCCUGGCCGCAGUGAUAUUGGCAGCACAUGUGGAUGGGCCCUCACCCAGGCUGACUGACGACACCACUAUUCCAGGAGCUGAGGCCAGUUUCCAGGAUCCUCACACCCUGAACAUUCCCAUCAUUCCCUCUCUGCACUGAUCCCAGCAAACUUUUGACUCCCUAGUUGGAAGAUCAAGGGCUGCAAAGCUGCUGUCCACGUGGACUGGAGCUGAUAUCUCCCGUCCAUCUGCCAGGGCCUCCCCAUCCAAACCCAGAGACAUGGCGACUAACGGGACCAAGAUUGCAGAUGGGCAGAUUUCCACUGAGGUCAGUGAGGCCUCCAUCACCAACGACAAGCCCAAGACAUUGGUGGUGAAAGUGCAGAAGAAGAAGUCGACUGACCUUCCUGAUCGGGACACCUGGAAAGGCCGAUUUGAUUUCCUCAUGUCCUGUGUGGGCUAUGCCAUAGGACUGGGGAAUGUGUGGCGCUUUCCCUAUCUCUGUGGAAAGAAUGGUGGAGGGGCAUUUCUGAUCCCUUACUUCCUAACUCUUAUCUUUGCUGGAGUCCCUCUCUUCCUUCUGGAGUGCUCCCUGGGCCAGUACACAUCGAUUGGAGGCCUGGGGGUUUGGAAGCUUGCUCCAAUGUUCAAGGGCGUGGGGCUGGCAGCUGCUGUGUUAUCCUUUUGGCUAAAUAUCUACUACAUCGUCAUCAUCUCGUGGGCCAUCUAUUACCUGUACAACUCGUUCACCACAACACUUCCCUGGAGACACUGUGACAAUUCCUGGAACACAGACCGCUGCUUCUCCAACUACAGCAUCGCUAACACCACCAACAUGACCAGCGCUGUGGUGGAAUUCUGGGAGCGCAAUAUGCAUCAGAUGACAGAUGGAUUGGAGAAGCCAGGACAGAUCCGAUGGCCACUCGCUAUCACCCUGGCCAUUGCUUGGAUCUUGGUGUAUUUCUGUAUCUGGAAAGGUGUUGGCUGGACUGGAAAGGUGGUCUACUUCUCUGCCACAUACCCAUACAUCAUGCUCAUCAUUCUGUUCUUCCGAGGAGUGACACUGCCUGGAGCCAGGGAGGGCAUCCUUUUCUACAUCACUCCCAACUUCAGCAAACUGUCUGACUCAGAGGUGUGGUUGGAUGCAGCAACUCAGAUCUUCUUUUCCUAUGGUCUGGGUCUUGGAUCCCUGAUUGCACUAGGGAGUUACAACCCAUUCCACAACAAUGUCUACAGAGAUUCCAUCAUCGUUUGCUGUAUCAAUUCUUGCACCAGCAUGUUUGCUGGCUUCGUCAUCUUCUCUAUUGUGGGCUUUAUGGCAAAUGUGACCAAGAGGCCAAUUGCUGAUGUUGCAGCUUCAGGUCCGGGGCUGGCAUUCUUGGCAUAUCCAGAAGCAGUAACCCAGCUGCCCAUUUCCCCACUGUGGGCCAUUCUCUUCUUCUCCAUGCUGCUCAUGCUGGGCAUUGACAGUCAGUUCUGCACCGUGGAAGGGUUCAUCACAGCCCUGGUCGAUGAAUUCCCAAGAUUGCUCCGCAGCCGAAGAGAGCUCUUCAUUGCCAUUGUAUGCAUUGUCUCCUACCUGAUUGGCCUUUCCAACAUCACUCAGGGUGGGAUUUACGUGUUUAAGCUCUUCGACUACUACUCGGCAAGUGGAAUGAGCCUCCUCUUCCUGGUGUUCUUUGAGUGUGUUUCUAUCUCCUGGUGCUAUGGGGUCAACCGGUUUUAUGACAACAUCCAGGAGAUGGUUGGCUCCCGACCCUGCAUCUGGUGGAAACUCUGCUGGUCCUUCUUUACUCCAAUCAUUGUGGCGGGUGUGUUCAUUUUCAGUGCAGUACAGAUGACUCCACUCACCAUGGGCAACUAUGUGUUCCCCAAGUGGGGGCAGGGUGUGGGCUGGUUCAUGGCCCUGUCUUCCAUGGUCCUUAUUCCUGGCUACAUGGCUUACAUGUUCCUGACCUUAAAGGGCUCCUUAAAGCAGCGCCUCCAGGUCAUGAUCCAGCCCAGUGAAGACAUAGUUCGUCCUGAAAAUGGGCCAGAGCAGCCCCAGUCAAGCAAUUCAGCCAACAAGGAAGCUUACAUCUAGCAGGUUGCCUGUGGUGGCAAGACCAAGAGGACGCUGGAGAAAACUAUCACUCAAUCCAACCUGGUUGAACAUGACCACAAAUUGAUGUCUGAAGAUACUAUCGAUCAACCUACCUCUAGUGGCAAAAACAAACAAACAAAAAGACCAUCACCACUCAAAGGGAAGUGCGUGGGGACUGUCAGUGGGCUCCAGUGGGUGGAAACGUCUGGCGGCUUUCCAGCAAACCACAGACUGUUAAUGUUUCUAAUCCUUUCUCAAUAAGAAUUGAAUUAUUGUGGAAUUUGUAAUUAACAAAUAGGGCAUUUUUAUCCCAUCUUGUGGCACAACCAAGGCUUUGAGGUUCCGUGCUAUGGAUUUUUUCAUCCUUUUCGUGACCUAUUUCUUACCCAAGACUGUUAUCUCUGACUUUGCAGGAGUUCAAUUCCAUUCGAAAGCUGUUUUGUCCGUGUGAAUACAGUAUUUUGUAUGCUGAAGAUUGCCCAGGAAAUCUUGCCCUUAAGGUGUCCAUAACCGGCUCUGCUCUUUGGUUAUUUCUUUCAUUCUUUGCUCUUUUGAGGCCGCUUAAGCAGAGUGACGUUAGGCAAGUUGGUUUCUUAGAGCCCAGACCUAAUCCUUCCCAGGAGCUGUUUGCAGCAAAACUUUCCAUUCCCAAAAAAAAAACUGCCAAUCAGGCUUUUCUAGCGAUCAGCCUGUUCCUCUCUUACUUACUUGCCCAUGUAGGUGCAGGAAACACACACAAAAAAUUUCCAAUCAUUCCAGGGGCAAACUGCCCCAUUGCUGAAAGUCAGCAGACGUGGUGCCAUCAUGUGUUGGUCCUAAGAUGCCCAACUCAAAGUACAAAACAGCUACAGAUUUAGCCAAGUUAAAAGGGCCCAUCCAAGGCUCAGCACGGACUUAUCUGCCCAUUGACUCCCUUCCCCAUCCCUCAUCCUCCCCAAAGCCUUAGCAUCUCCCCAUCUUUCUUGAGUUCUCUAGAGUAAAGGGCUUUCCUCCAUCCCCUCCCUGCUGAUGCCAGACCAGUGUCCAGGGUCCUAACAAUGUCACCAAGGUUUUUCCAGACACCCCAAUAGCACUUUGAAGACUCAAAACCACACACAAACACACACACACACACACACACACACACACACACACACACACAACCUUUCGGUUUGGGGGAUUUGUUUAGUUUCUUUUUGUUUUCUUUUCCUUUAAGGACGUGUGUCUUGAUGGCGGUCUUUGUAGCAAUGAUGUCAGUAGCAGUGAGAAGAUGACAGCAGUCAUGGCAUGAGGACAGUUUCUCGGUAAAAUACUAAUAGUCAAUUCACACAGCAUUUCUCUUUUGGCAGCUCCAAGUAAGACAUCUGCAAAUUGAAGGAUUCCAGUGUCUGAUCGUUAACAGUUAAGAAAACUGUGUGAUGUAGCAUGUUUCAUGACCAACUUUCUGUGCAUCAUAAAUAAAUCCUUAGCAGGCCCUCAAAACGAAGAGGGCGAACCUGUGACAAAUAUGGUAACUAACUGUGACUCGGUUUAUCUUUUUGUCAUUUUUGUCCGAAGGUGACCGACAUUUACCCAUUCUUGCAAUAAGGUAUUAUUCUCCGAAUGUUAAGCACAUUAUUGUAGAAAAACACAUAUAUACAUAUAUAAUAUAUAUAUAUAAAUACACACAACACGUACAUAUACAUCUAUUUCUGCUUGCAUCAUACCCAGCCUCACUCGCAAAAUAUUGUUCGAUAGUUUCGAAACCAUUUCCAAAAUGUAAUAUAGCCUCAACUCUAAGGCAUUUUAAAUGUUGAUAGCUGAACUUGCCAUGAAACAAAGACAUCUUCUAAAUCUUGGGGGUUUCAGAUAAAGAAAAAGAGACCCACCACGGUAUAAUCUCAUGCUAUCACAGCCACCAUUCUCAUGUUGUCUGUGGACUUCCAUUAGAAUCAAAAGUAAAACCCCUUCUACCUUUUCUCUUGUGUUGAAUGUUAAAUGGAUCCCAUUGUUGUUCUAAGCUCGAUGCCGAGUAUUUCCUGUGUGACUGUAAACAAUUGUAAGGAAGAUGUUUGGCAAGAAGUCCCUGAGCUGGUUUCUGCCCAGACAUCUCAUAUAUAGCACAAAAUUAGUGUCGUAGACCUCCCGUGUGAACUGUGAAUAACUGUAACUUUUUGUAGUAUCUGCCCUGCAAAAAAAAAAAAGAUAUUGUAUUAUCAUAUGCUUUUUGCAAUAAGGAAUUUAUUCUCAGAAACACCAAGCAAAUUUAUCUCUAUAUAAAAAUAUAUAUGUAAUAUAUACAUAUUCAAAAAUAUAUACAGAGCCUGUUAAAAGAGUACAGUAUUAUUUAGAAGAAGAAAAAAAGACCUGUUCUAUGGACCAAAUGUAAAAUAUUUAUAAAUGAAAAUGCAUUUUAACUGUCUAUAAAUGGUGUCAUUAUUAAAGCACGAUUGUUAUGUAAGUUUCCAAGAGUCUAGAGAGACAAAUAAAAGUACAUUAUAUGAUA